UUUACCCAAUUGAAUAUUCCUGUUGAGGCUCAGACUCUUAACUGGUUUUGGUGUUUUAAAGCAAUCGGGGUGAUUUUCUUAUUCUUCCUCACUGGAGGUUUUGACUCGGGAGAGUGUGGAGAUGAACUUUGGAAAUUUACUUCUUGUGACUGUCUCAUUCAUCACCAUCGCAUCAGGCUCCAGGGCGCGGUUUGAAGACGGCGCACCUCGGAUCGUGGAGGACCCCUCGGAUUUGAUCGUCUCCAAGGGGGAGCCUGCCACCCUCAACUGCAAGGCAGAGGGCAGACCCGCUCCCAGUAUUGAGUGGUUCAAGGAUGGCGAGCGCGUGGAGACGGACAAAGACGACCCCCGGUCUCACCGCAUGUUGCUGCCCAGCGGCUCGCUCUUCUUCCUGCGCAUCGUGCACGGACGCCGGAGCAAACCGGACGAGGGCGUCUACACCUGUGUGGCCCGCAACUACCUGGGAGAGGCCAUUAGUCGUAAUGCGUCACUGGAUGUUGCCAUCCUGAGAGAUGAUUUCCGACAUGCCCCGAGCGACGUGGUGGUGGCUGCCGGUGAGCCAGCGGUGUUGGAGUGUGUGCCUCCACGCGGUCACCCCGAGCCCACCGUGUCCUGGAAACGCAACAACGUCCGAGUCAGCACCAGGGAUGACCGCAUCUCUAUGCGUGGGGGAAAACUGAUGAUCUCUCACACCAGAAAGAGCGAUGCUGGCAUGUAUGCCUGUGUGGGCACUAAUAUGGUUGGAGAGAGGGACAGCGAUCCUGCAGAGCUGGUUGUAUACGAGCGCCCCGUGUUGGUACGGAGGCCGGUGAACCAGGUGGUCAUGGAGGAAGACACCGUUGACUUCCUUUGUGAGGUCCAUGGAGAUCCACCGCCCACUGUAAGAUGGCGCCGAGAGGAAGGGGAGCUUCCCCGGGGAAGGUUUGAAAUCCGCAACGGAAACAGCCUCCAUUUGUUCAAUGUUAGAGAGCAGGAUGAAGGGACGUACACCUGUACGUCUGAGAACAGUGUGGGCACGACGGAGGCCUCGGCCAUGUUGCAGGUCCACGUACCACCUCAGAUUUCCACGAAGCCCCGAGACCAGAUCGCCACACAAGGGAGGAGUGUUGCCUUCCAAUGCGGCACUACAGGAAACCCUCAACCUGCCAUCUUCUGGCAGAAAGAGGGCAGCCAGAUGUUGCUGUUCCCCGGCCAGCCACCUUCACAGUCUGGUCGUUACUCUGUCUCCAUGAGCGGAGAACUGACCAUCGCUGAUGUGCACCCGGAGGACUCUGGUUUCUACAUCUGCCAGGCCAUCAGUGUAGCAGGAAGCGUGUUGACCAAGGCGCUGCUGGAGGUGGAGGGAGGUCCUUCAGGUCGGGUUCCGCCAAUUAUUCGCCAAGGUCCGGCCAAUCAGACUGUAUCCCGGGGUGCGACGGCGCAGCUGCACUGUCAUGUAAACGGAGGGCCCUCAGUCAGGAUUUCAUGGGAGAAGGACGGAGAGAGACUUCUGGGAAAUAAAACUCGACAGAUCUUGAUGGAAAAUGGCACUUUGCAAAUCACAGACAUAAAGGACACAGACUCGGGGAUGUACACGUGUGAAGUAUCCAGCGCCACGGGGGAAUCGAGCUGGAGUGGGAUGCUGACUGUCAGAGAAGAUGGAGUUUCCCCCGUAUCCAGAGCUUCUGAGUUCAUCCAGCUUCCGGGGCCUCCGCAGAAGCCGAUAGUGACGGAAGUGACCAAAAACACUGUCACCCUUACCUGGCAGUCCAACCCCCACGAAGGAGGGGCCGCUGUUACCUCCUACAUCAUCGAGGCCUUCAGCCAAUCCGUGGGCAGCACCUGGCAGACGGUGGCGGACCACGUGAAGCAGGAGAGGCACACGGUUGUGGGACUCUUCCCAAACACUGUUUAUCUCUUCAUAGUCAGAGCGGUCAACUCUUACGGCCUCAGCGACCCCAGCCCAAUCUCCGAGCCUGUCAGGACGCAGGAUGGGAGUCCGACAGAACAAGGUGUGGACCACAGACAGGUGCAGCGAGAGUUGGGAGAGGUGUCUGUCUACCUGCAGAAGCCUGUGGUUCUGUCUCCAACCAGUGCCAGGAUUUCUUGGACUGUCGCCCUUCAGUCUCGCUACGUUCAGGGCUAUCGGAUAUUCUACCGGACUAUCGGCAGCUCUUGGUUGGUCCGGGAUGUGGAGGCCACUUCUGACCACAGCGUCGUCAUAGCAGAUCUGUACAGCAGCACAGAGUACGAGGUCAAGAUACGCCCUUACUUCAACGAGCUGCAGGGACAUGACAGCCUCAUGGUUCUUCUGCGCAUGCCGGAGGAGGUGUUAAGUGCGCCUCCACAGGCUGUAUCAGUGGUUCAGCUCACCAACAGCUCCAGUAUCAGUGUGUCCUGGGAGCCUCCGCCUCAUAACACUCAGAGCGGCAUCAUUCAAGAGUACAAGGUCUGGUGUCUCUGCAGCGGCACCGAGCGGGAAAACCAGAUCAACCGAACGGUGGAUGGAGCGGUUCUGUCCAUCCUGCUGACGGGCCUGUUGCCUGACGUGCGGUACUCGGUGGUGGUGGCUGCUGUCACCGGUCUGGGUGUGGGCGCUCGAAGCCAAGCCGUCAGCCUGCUUCUCACUCUCCCUGAGGGCAAUACGCCUGAGAAGAAAGGCCGAGACCUCAGCAUAUCGGAGCAAAUCACGAGUUUCGUCCGGCAGCCGGCCUUCGUGGCGGGACUCGGUGUGGCCGCGUGGUUGGUGCUGAUGGGCUUCGGUGGUUGGUUCUACUGUCGACACCGCAGGAGGAAGCAGCUGGGACACUACACCACGUCCUUCGCAUACACCCCAGCGGUUGGCUUUGCUCAUAGCGAAGGAUCUGGAAUCGCCAAUGGAGGCCCUGGGUUGUUAGGAUCAAACAUGGGUAACUACCCCUGGCUGGCGGACUCUUGGCCCACUCCGAACAUCCCUCACAACAGCAAAGACUGUGGAAAACUGGACUCUGACAGAUAUUAUAACACCAUCGGCAACAUGAACUACCCGAAUCAUGCCGAGAAACGCAGCACGGCGUCCAACGACAGUCCCAUCUACAGCACCAUCAACACGGCCGCCGAGGACGAGCUGCUGGCCUACUACGACACUUACUCCAGCGCGUCCUACAACCAGGGCCCGGACCCGUACAGCAGCAACCCAGCGCUGCCCAACGGCGGCCCGGUGGCCCUGGAGCUAGACCUGGACCACUGGACCAUCCAGUCUGCUCAUUCUGGGUCUGAAUAUGCCAAGCUCCAGUAUACAAAGAAAAGCAACGAUAAACUGGUAAAGCAGAGGUCCACUGGGUCCUCGUCCAGGACGGCUCCUCUCACCUGGGUGGAUGUUUUGUCGCUGCCUCUCCCUCCCAACAGAGACAAAGGUCAAACAAAGCCAGAAAAAGAGGAUGAGGAACACAGUUCUGGGGAGGAAGAUGACAACUGGUGUCCGCCGCUGCCCGCCAGGACCUACCUAAUGGACUCUUCCAGGGAGGAACUCUCCAGCCUGCCCUCCAAAGCGGCCGAGCUGUCCUACGCCGCAACGCUGAUGUGCGCCGCCCAGCGGGACGCACACAGUCCGCGGCUGCAGCACUUGGACCUGUUGGCCCGUCACCACUCGGCCUCCAAGGUUUCCCAGUCCAACCCGGACCUGUUUGCCAUCCCCAAGGCCCAGGUGGCGGGGGAGAUCUCCCUUGCCAGCCAAUGGGCAGACGAUUUGAACGGACAAUCUUGUGCUCCAACGGCCGGCUCCAGCCCUGCAGUCCAGGCGCACAGAUCCAGGAGUAAGAAGAAAACACCUAAAGAUGGACAACUCAGACGAGAGCUACACAGCCAAGCAGAACUUCCCCCUGCACCAGUGCCCCCCUCCACAGAUGACCCCCUGCAGCUCUUGGCGGAUGGUUUGAGCCGCGGCCGGACAGACCCUGAGAGUAAAGAGGGGAGCGACUCCCCGACCCUUAAGAAGAGCAGAGAACGUUUAUCACCUGAAAGAAUAGGACCUGCAGAGUUGUUAUCACAGGAUGAGGAUUCAAUCCCAUACGGACAGCCCAGCUUUCUGCCCCAGGUCCAGAUGUCAGGCUACGGUUCCCUGGGAGCAGGAGUCCUGUCACAACCCUCCACCACCGGCCGUAGGAGAGAACUGAGUGUAGAUGGACGCCAGUGAAUGAAAUCCUCUAAUCCUCCAGUUCCCUGUCUUUGCAAACCAUCAAUCUGUUGCCAUGGUAACCUAUGGAAAGCCGAAGACUUAAGGGAAAGCGUCAAGGCUCGCCAUCUGCCUUUUCACAAAGUAUUUUGGUUUUAUCUUAAUGAUUUUAUGUUAAUCACUCCUUCUUCAUGUAUAUAGCCAUCUUUGUAAUUUUGUAAAAAAUGUGAUCAGAUGAAGUAUCACCAGAAGUGAAUCUGGGGUUUUAAAAUACAGUAUUUUUAGCCAUUGGGAAGUUCUUGUAACAAUUUCAUUAUUGUACAGCAAAUAAAUAAAUGAAUGUAUAUUCUGUUUA